GUGGAAUACAGCACCAUCGUUUGUUUCCUGUUGCACAAGAGCAUGAAAUUGAUUUCUCAGUCAUAAAUUUUAGACCUUAUUUAAAUAAACCAAAUAUUUAAUUGUCCAUUAUCACGAUUUAACACGGACAUGUCAAAAUGUCAGAGGAGGUUUUUAUACCUAAAGAAGAAGAGAAUGUCUACCAGAAAGGUGAAGACGAAAAAAUUUUGACAAAUAUGAAACUGAAAGUCGCCUCGGACGAUUCCAAGCCUCGUUCCCUCACACGAUCGGAGAUACUUGAUUUUGGAAGCGAAGGAUUCUUGCUGCACGGUAUACUCUCGCAGCAAGAAUGUCAAGAAUAUAUUCAAGAGUUUGAAAAUGAGGGUUUUGGGGCCAUACCUGAACUUGUGAAGAAUAAUUACCGAAGUUGUGAAAGACUAUUGGUACAGUCCUCUGCUCUGGCCUCUCAUCUCUGGGACACCAUCAAGACACACGUGGAGGAUAUCGAGAUUCACGGAGACCCACAUCAGCAGCACAUUCAUGGAUUAAAGCAGGCAUUGCAGGGGCGCUGGAAGCCUUAUGGUCUCAAUGAGCUCUUCAGAAUCUGCAAGUAUCAGCCAGGGGGUCAUUUUGCUCCUCAUUUUGAUGGUCAUUUUGUGUCCAGUUCUGAGAAGAGGUCAAUGAAGACAUUCAUGAUUUACUUAAAUGAUGACUUUACAGGAGGAACAACUAACUUUGUGGACGAAUCACAACAACUGCACAUGGAUUCCAGCGGCAAAUAUUGCGCCGAGGAGAAAAACGUGAUCCAUCGCGUCCAGCCAGAGACGGGCAUGGCCAUCAUCUUCAACCAUCACCGCUUGCAUGAGGGGGAGAGAAUUAAGUCAGGAGUGAAGUACAUCAUGAGGACAGAUAUCAUGUAUCACAGGGUCGAGAAGAUGGCAGCUAGCGAGCAGGACGAGAUGGCCAUUCAGCUUCUACAGGAAGCAGAAAGAUUGGAGGCUCAAGGAAAAUGCGCAGAGGCAGCAGAGCUUUACCGCAAAGCCUUCAAGUUAUCACCCAAUAUAGAAGACUCCUUUAAGCCAUAGUCACUUACAAUGUACUUCAUGACAACUUAAUAGAUGAGAAUUAACUUAUUACUAAGCUAGUCAUUAGGGCCAUCAGGCAGAUAAAAUUUGUAUUUACCAUUUUUUACCCUCAAUAAAUAAGACCCACCUAUGCCCCCCCCCCUUUCCAAGUCAGAGUCACACUAAAGAGCGUUGCAAAGUGGCACCUGAUCUAAGACAGAAAUAUAAGAUAUGUGACUUGUGCAUUACAUAUUGAAGUUUAUCAUUUAUAACUUAAGUUUUUGCUUAGUUGGCAGGGUAAAGAAAAAUAAAAUAUACUAGGUAUCUUGAUCCAUACAAAUUGAGUUUCUUUUAUGUUUUUAACCAAGGAUAUCAAUGGGAUCUGGAUGCCCAGAGUGAAUUGUUCUUUUUUAAUAAUUCCUGGUGACAUUGUGCAAAUAUUUUUAUUGAAAAUGUAAUAAUAAAGAUAAAGAGUAAGUGCUUUAUUG